AUGUCGUACAUCGGCGAGUCGAGACGCAAGGCCGAGAUCGAGGCCAAGCGCGCAAAACUCGCAGAGCUCAAGCGCGCACGCCUAGAGCGUGAACAGCGUCUCGCCGCCAACCCCUCGUCGUCGUCAGCGGCAGGCGGCUGGAGUCAGAGCAGAUCCGAUACGCCGACCUCGCGCAAGGACCUCGACGACCUCGUCUCGUCGCUCGUCAAUGCAAACACACUCAACCGCACCCAGAGAUCCUCGCUCGUAGGUUCCGACUUUUCACCCGCCUCGCCCGGAAAGAGCGCCGUCGGCCCGGCAUCCAGCGAGUUUGGUGGCUCAGAGGCCGAGGCGGCGGGCGCAGCGCCCACGGCCAUCAGCGGCAGCACCGCCGUCCACCGCGAUGGCUUCUCGUCGACAAUACCGACGCCCGCGGCGCCAGCUUUUGUCCCGGAGCUCAUCGACGUCGAGACGGAGCUGUUCGAGUUCCCGCAGCGCGAGCGCGUAUACUAUACAAAGGAGGUACAGACCGCCACCUUUGACGGCGACAACGACGAGGCCGCCGGCGGUGGGCGCGGUGGGGGCGCCUUGGAAGCGGCGGGCGGCGUGGGGUCCGAGGCGCGCGACGCCAAGGCCGAGGAGGCCAUCCGGGCCAAGAUCCUCCAAGAGCAGGCCGACGAGGCGGCGAGCCGGCGCGAAGAGGAGAAGCUGGAGCGCGAGAUCGAGGAGCAGCUGCGCGAGCUCACCGACGACGAGCGCCUCGCCAUCUACGGCGCCUCGGACUUUUCCGAGUUUGUCGAGCACAGCUCCAAGAUUGUCGAGCGCGCCCUGGCCGACACCUACGACUAUAUGAAGGAUUACACCGUCACUGGCGACGGCCUCGAGCAGGUCCACGAGGGGCGCCAGCUGCGCCUCGUCCGCACCUUUGGCGACGACCGCGUCUUUGCCAACCGCAGCAUCACCGACCUCGACUGGUCGACGCAGCACCCGGAGCUGUGCGUUGCCAGCUACAACCGCAAUGACAUGGCCAACGACGACCCCGAUGGCCUCGUCGCCGUGUGGAACCUGCACCUGCGCGAGCGGCCCGAGUUUACCUUCCACGCCCAGACCGAUGUCCUGUCGGUGCGCUUCUCGCCCUUCCAGCCCAACCUCGUCAUCGGCGGCACCUACUCGGGUCAGAUCCUCAUCUGGGACACGCGCGCCCGCGCCCUGCCCGUGCUCAAGACGCCCCUCUCGGCGGCGGGCCACACCCACCCCGUCUACGCCCUCAACCUGGUCGGCACCCAAAACGCCCACAACCUCGUCUCGGCCUCGACCGACGGCAACGUGUGCUCCUGGACGCUCGACAUGCUCGCCUCGCCCCAGGAGACGAUGCUCCUCGUCAAGCCGUCGCACCCAAAGACGGACGAGGUGGGCGUCACCGCCCUGGCCUUCCCGGACCAGGAGACGGCCAGCUUCUGGAUCGGCACCGAGGAGGGCAACGUCUACCCGGCCUCGCGCUACGACCGCGCGUCGCAAAAGGCCGGCCUCAACACGGCCGAAGUCUACCGCGGCCACGCGGCGCCCAUCACCGGCCUCGACUUCCACCCGCUCAGCGGCGCCGUCGACUUUUCCGACCUGUUCAUCACGUCGUCGAUGGACUGGACCGCCAAGCUGUGGCGCGUCAAGGGCGGCAACGCCGUCGUCAAGGGCACGGGCGCCGGCGCCGCGACCCCGUCGAUGGCACCAGCAGGGUCGUCGUCGUCGUCGGCAGCGGCGGCGGCGACGGCGGCAGCGGCUUCGUCGGCGGCAGCGGCGGCAGCAGCAGCAGCAGCAGGCGGCUCGUCUUCGAUGGCGGCAGCAGCGUCGAUGCGGGCAGCGGAUCCGUCGUCGGCGGCGAGCAUGGCCGACCUCGAGCCCGUGCUGAGCUUCGAGGAGUCGUCGGACUACGUCUACGACGUCAAGUGGCACCCCUACCACCCCGCCGUCUUUGCUCAGGUCGACGGCAGCGGGCGGCUCGACGUAUACAACCUCAACAUUGACACCGAGCGCCCGUACCAGACGACAACGAUUCCGACGGGACGGGCAGUCAACAAGCUGGCGUGGGACCGCAAAGAGGGGCGCCGCAUCGCCGUGGGCGGCGCCGACGGCAAGGUGUACGUCUACGACACGGGCGAGCUGUUCUGCAACCCGACCGACGACGACUUCCGCGAGUUUCAGAGCACCAUGGCCUCGCUGCUGAAACGCGGCGGCAGCGGCGGUGCCGUGAACGGCGAGGCGUCCAAGGUCGGCGUCGGGUUGGUGGGGCCCGGUCGUUAG